UUGAGGAUUAAGCUAACAAUACUUUAGCAAACAAGAAGAGGAGUUGGUGCUUUCUCCUGCGAGGGAGUUUAGCGAAACCAGUAAGGGCAUCACAGAAUAAACCAGUUUCUGUCUCCUUGCUGAUGUAGUCGGUGCUGCACUAUUUCCAGCUCUUCCUCGAAGACUACAAGCGAGACUGGCUUGGCCUGCUAAGCUAACCUUAGUAAACGAAUGCAGUAGCUAGCACACCAUGUUGCCGACCACCUCACCGCAGGGUAAUGGUGCCCUCGGUUCCAGGGACGCAGCACGUCACACGGCAGGUGCCAAGCGCUACAAGUACCUGCGGCGGUUGCUCCAUUUCAGACAGAUGGACUUUGAGUUUGCUCUUUGGCAAAUGCUUUACCUGUUUACCUCACCACAGAGGGUCUACCGCAACUUCCACUACAGGAAACAGACCAAGGACCAGUGGGCCAGAGAUGAUCCUGCUUUCUUGGUGCUGCUCAGUAUCUGGCUAUGUGUGUCGACAGUGGGCUUCGGCCUGGUCCUGGACAUGGGCUUUGUGGAAACUCUCAAGCUGCUCCUCUGGGUGGUAUUCAUUGACUGUAUUGGAGUUGGCUUGCUCAUAUCCACCCUCAUGUGGGUGAUCACAAACAAGUACCUGAUGAAACACCCCAGUAAAGAUUACGAUGUAGAGUGGGGCUAUGCAUUCGAUGUUCACCUCAAUGCUUUCUACCCCCUCCUAGUCAUCCUACACUUCCUACAGCUCUUCUUCAUCAACCAUAUUGUGGUGAUAAACUCGGAUUGGUUCCUGGGUUACUUUGUAGGAAACAGUCUGUGGCUGAUAGCCAUUGGUUACUAUCUCUACAUCACCUUUUUGGGCUAUAAUGUGCUGCCCUUCCUGAAGAACACAGUGGUGCUGCUCUACCCCUUCGCACUCCUCGCACUCAUCUACAUCCUCUCCAUCUUUCUCGGGUGGAACUUCACACAGGGACUCUGCUGGUUCUACAAGUACAGAGUCCAGUAGACGUGCAGGGGAGACUCGGAUUGACUCCUGGCGUACCCGAAAUCAACUCUCAACCGAAUCCCGAAUGACUUCCAAGUCCAGUUUCCAGCUGGCUUGUCAGUCAACAUCUGGUUGAUUAGCAGUUGAAUCCUGGUUGGUUUUCAGUAAACCAGGACACCGGAGGACUCUGAAUUGAUUCUCGGGAGGCGCCUGGUUCACCUGCAUUGACUGUGUUACUGGUUUGCCGUGGAUUGAUGCCCCACUGACUUUUAAUUGACUUUCAGUUGAAUCCUGGUUGGCUCUUUUGUUGAGCUGGAGCUGGCAACUCGAGAGGGCACUAUUUUGUUUUUGAAGAGAUGUGCAAAAAAGGGGACUUAUGCAGAUACAGCUUUUAUUGUUGUUCUUUUGUAUGGUUUGUAAAUAAUAUCCAGCUGGUGGUGAAAUACACUUCAUAGAUUGUUUUGGAAAAGAAGAGGCUUGGUGUUGUUUUGUUUCUUAAUAAAAAGACUGAAAAUACUGUAAAUCCUGCUCAUUGAAGAAAAGAGUUUGGGAUGAAAAAGAGGAGAAAGUGGUUUGAAGACGAACGUAGCUUUCCUUGGUGAUAGUUAUUUCUCUUUAAGUGUACAUUCCAAAGCACUUUCAAUAAAAAGAAAGAUUUUAACUUAA